CGUUAAAACAAAAUUGCAAAAACGCAACAAAUUCUUUUUGACAUUCUGCUUUAAAGUUGAUUUUCAAUUCAUUUCCCGGUAGCUUGCGAAAUUUUUAUUAGUGGCUAACAAUUUUUACAAUUUACCAAAUAAAAAACUAACCAUUCUCAUGCUAAAUUAUAGGCAUAUCUCAAUUAAAAUAAAGAACAAAUUAGAAAUAUAAUAAAAUUACAUAUUAAGUGGAUAUUUUAUUCACAAUUUAACAUUAUUUUGCAAAUCUGGAUGAAACUAGCGAAGCUAUGAUCGCCGCCUCAGAACCUUUGGAAUUCAUUCCUCGGGGGCGUCAGGCGGUUGAGGAGCACCCAGGUCCCGUGGUGCCAAUACCAAACUCUUGCAUCCCUACCGAGAAUGUUCUUCUCUACCGCAUGCAAAAUGUGAAUAUUUCCUCCAAUGAUGAACCAAAUGAGUUUUGGUAUAUACGCGAAAUAUAUACAGAAUGUCGACGAGACUCUCCACAGACACAACAAUAUAAAACAAAAAACAGUCCCGACUAUAUGACUGAUUUCUAUGUCAACUCCGAAGAAGAGUUGUAUGUGAAGAAAAAUACUGCUGUUUGGAACAGAGGUCUUCAUACAGAAAGAGGAGUUCUACCAAGAAUGUGCUUCACAUGUGAAACGCCUAUUAAAUUUGCAUUCUUUUGCAAUCAAAGCUUUCUGCAUGGUACCAUGAAGAAGGAGUGCGAUAAGACAAAACUCACUUCGAUAUGUUUAAUUGAUGCGUCAUGUCUACGAGUAUAUUGUAGUAAUGGCGAAGAUUUUACAUCAAAUUUAGAAUUCCCAGUCUCAAAUGUGUGGGUCACUAAAUACGGAAUACUUCUUGAAAAAGAAGCAAUCAACACAAUUGUUCAAAAUCUUGCUAUAUCAAUGCCACGAAUAUUUUCUCUUUCACAUCCACUCGAUGAAAUUUGCCCGGUGCUUAUCAAAUUAUCAAAUGGUGUUGUUAGUUAUCUCACCGAAGCUGAUUAUAGUGUCAUUUUCACUACCGAAUCCAGUGACUUAGUGCUACUUUACGAUAAUAAAAUGGGAAAACAUUUUGUAUCUAAACUGAGGAAAGCAACCGAAGAUGAAAUUUCAUAUGUUGGAUGCAAUAAUGACACAGCAUUUUGUAGUGCAAGUGUUAAUCAAACUCAACGACCUGGAAUGUCGAGUUUUUCUCAAAACUCUAUGAAAUUUUCAGCUGGAGCCAAAAACAGUACAGCAUAUAUGCCGCGAUCGAGUUUAGGAACUACUGGUUGCAAUCCACACAUCAGCAAGUUCCUUAGUUCUCAAUCGAUUAACAGUGGUGGUCCAAAUUUCAAUCGAACAAAUAGUCAAUCACCUUUAACUCGUUUACAAUCUUCAAUGGGACCACAUUCACUGUCAAUGCAAGAUAUUAGAAAACCCGGACAAGCUCAACCAUCCAAAGCAAUUGUUCCAGAUUAUUGUUUGGAACAUAUUUGGACCGAACAAAUAUUGUCAAAAGAAUUUUGUGAAAUUGCAACAAAAGCUUUUGUGCAUGUUGACUUGAUCGGACAAACAUAUCUUUGUUUUUUGCUACCAAGGUCUGCGAAGCUGCAAUUAGUUCGAAUAGUAAACUUCGACGAAGAAAAUACACAAAUCGAAGGUGAAAUAUUUUCUAUAGCUGCUAGAGAUGCUGUUGUUUUGGAGAGAAUGAAAAUGAUUGCAAUUCUUGAUCCUAGUGGCACAUUAACUUUAUACACAGGAACGGUUUUUGUCUCGAAGGUGCAUGUUGUUGCUGUCAUUCCUUCUUCAUUGCCUCAAAGUAAACCAUCUUGUUCUCCAUUCCCAAGACGAAGUAGUCUUCUUCCAACAGCUUCACAAAAGAGCGAUUCAAAUUUCGAAGAAGAAUUACACAUGUUGUCUCCUGUACACCCACUUCAACCUCUAUUCACGGCUCGAAGUAGUAGUGGUGUUUGCUUAAACCUACGUGAUCCCGCUGGUAAUCGUUUAACGUUAGUUUACCCAACGGGAAAAAUGUAUCGUUUAUCACUGCCACUCAUUAAUGAAACAUACUUUGUAACUCGGUGCAUAGAAGCCUUAAGACAAAUAUUAAAAAGAGAAACGUUUAUUCAGCUAAUAACACAUUGGUAUGGUGCUAGAAAUCCACCUGGAUCCAAGGAUUUUAGUGGCGAAAAAGAAUGGCAGACAUUCAAAACAGUUUUAUCUGAAUUGAUGGGACGAGUAGCGAGUUCUGAUGAUUCGAGCAUAAAUAUUCCAUGCCAACCAGAAGAACCAAAAAAGAGAAGGAAAAAUGAUGAAGUAUUAGAUGGUACCGAUGACGAUUGGGAUUAUCUGGAGUCAAUUUUAAACAGACGCAACAAAGAGGGUCCCUUCAAAGCCAAUUCAAUAAAAUUCAUUGAUUGCAGUGCUUUACUUUUCAAAGAAAUUCCCAAAAUAUUUUUUGCUUUCCAUUUAUUGUAUGAGGACUUGAAACUAGAUAAUACAAUGCAUGAUAGUUUGUGUUCUCUGGGAGAGUUUCUAUAUCAACUAGCAACAGAUAUGCAGCUAACUGCACAUUGCCUUCAUUAUUUUUUGGAUUUUCCUCACCUAGCAAGCAUUAAGUCGCAGAAUAUAUUUACCGAAGAUCAUGCAAAACAAAUGUACCAUAAGAACUUACUGUCAGAACCUGUUCCAAAUAUUUUCCAGCAAGUUGAAAAUAUACUCAAAAACCGAGAAAUCUAUCAAUAUUCAUUUAUAGAGGGUAUAAAUACAAUGAGUAGGAAUGCUUUGCAGUUAAUAUCUCUUAUAAUUCAUGGAUGCAUGAAAAUUAAAAAUUGGAUUAAACUUCUGGAAUUUCCCGAGACAAUGUAUCCGGACAUUCCAAUAAAAAAGAAACGAUUGAUUUCAACAAACGUGCCUUUAUGCGAACAGCUUAUACAAAUGUUAAUUAAUAUGGACAUGACCAGAACCGACGUAGAACGUUUACCAGUUUCUUUGCAUUUAAUAAUUGCUGAGUGCUUAGAACAUGGACGUCUCUCUCCUCCCAUGGGUUGUGCACCACCAACAUACGAGCUCAUUUUGCGGUCUGAAUUGCUUGAACACACUCGUUAUCAAUACUCAACAGAACUAUAUUCGGUGAAGUUUAGCAAGGCUAACAUUGACGCUGAAGACUCUCUAUCACCUCGUUGCCCACCCAAUCCUAAUGGAUUUUCCAGAGCAGAGUCUGCCGAUGAUGAUGGCAUGGAAAAUAUUGAUACGAAAUUGUUAAGUCUACGUUUCCCUGACGAUCUUCGAAUAGCUGAAGUGCGACGUUUGUUGAUAAGUUCCGAACCAGUUCUUAUUGAUAUUGUACAAUCGCCUGGUAUAUCCGAUCAUGAGUUUAUUGAAGAACAAGAAAAACAAUUGUACGCAUUAUGCACAAGAACCAUGACAUUGCCCAUGGGCAGAGGCAUGUUUACUUUACGAACAUCAAUACCAACUCCAACGGAAUCAAUGCCCAUUCCGAAAUUAUGUCUUACCGGAAAAGAACCGGUCAAAGGAGCAACCAUUGAAAUGCAACAAAUUGAAUUCCCUGCAAAUAUGAAUUUAUGGCCAAGUUUUCAUAAUGGAGUUGCUGCUGGUCUGAGAAUUUCACCAAAUGCUAAAGACGUUGAUUCAACUUGGAUUGUAUAUAAUAAACCGAAAGGACCAACUGAAGUUACAACAGAACAUGCUGGCUUUUUAAUGGCCCUCGGCUUAAAUGGUCAUCUUAAAACUCUUUCGUUUAUGAGCAUUUAUGAUUAUUUAGUUAAAUGUGAUGAGAUGACAAGUGUUGGACUUUUAUUAGGAAUCUCGGCUACGCACAGAGGAACAAUGGACACAACAACAACAAAGCUGCUAAGUGUCCACAUUGAGGCCUUAUUACCAGCCACUGCUUUAGAAUUAGAUAUUCCACAGAAUAUUCAAGUGGCUUCUUUGAUGGGAAUAGGUCUUAUCUAUCAAGGAACUGCUAAACGGCAUAUAGCUGAAGUUUUGCUUCAAGAAAUAGGUCGACCUCCGGGUCCUGAAAUGGAAAACAGUGUCGAACGAGAGUCAUAUGCCCUGACAGCUGGCUUAGCCUUAGGUUUGGUUACUUUAGGACACGGUGAAGCUCCAGCUGGACUGAGAGAUUUGCAACUACCUGACACUCUGCAUUAUUACAUGGUUGGAGGCAAUAAAAGACCUUUACUGGGCUCACAGAAAGAAAAGUACAAACUGCCUUCAUUUCAAGUACGAGAAGGUGACACAGUUAACAUUGAUGUCACAGCCCCAGGAGCUACUUUGGCUCUGGGAUUGAUGUUCUUCAAUACUGACAAUAAAGCCGUAGCUCAAUGGAUGGAUCCACCGGAUACGAGUUACCUACUAGAUCUUGUUCGACCAGAUUUGCUUCUUCUACGUACAAUCGCAAGAGGUUUAAUUCUUUGGAAAGAUGUACAACCAAGCUCAGAAUGGUUGUUUGAUCAGUUCCCAGCUAAUCUCAGAUUCGAUAUCAACCGCGGACCUGUACCAAAGAAAGAUCUUACAGAUCAUGAAGCCAUUACACAAGCAUAUUGUAAUAUAAUUUCUGGAGCAGCUGUUUGCAUAGGCCUCAAAUAUGCAGGAACCGAAAAUAAAGACGCUUUCAAAGCUCUUAAGAAAACUAUUAAACUGUUUCUUGGAUUCUCGGGAAAAUACGUUGGAGAAUAUGCUGGACGAGCCACUGUGGAGAGUAGUCUAAUGCUUAUUUUAAUAUCAAUAUCGCUGGUGUAUGCUGGAACUGGAGAUUUGGAAAUAAUGCGAAUGAUUCGUUAUCUGCGCUCAAGAAUUGGCACUGCACACUCUCAAGUUACUUAUGGCUCUCAAAUGGCAAUUCAUAUGUCAUUAGGAUUUCUAUUUCUUGGUGCCGGACGUUAUACACUUUCUAAAAGACCUGAAGCCGUAGCCGCUCUUGUUUGUGCAUUAUUUCCGAAAUUCCCUUGUCACAGUAAUGACAAUAGAUAUCAUCUACAAGCUUUUCGUCAUCUUUAUGUACUCGCUGUGGAACCGAGACUAUUUCUUCCACGAGAUCUCGAUACAAAGAAAUUAUGUCUGUGUCAAAUUUCAUACAUUGAGGUUGGAAAAACAGAACUUAAAAAACUUCCCAUGGCACCAUGUAUGCUACCUGACCUUAGCACACUUAAAUCGGUGAUUGUAGACGAUCAGAACUAUUGGCCAGUGUGCUUUGAAAAAGGACGCAAUUGGGAUCAAUUGGUGAAAGCAUUAGAAGUAUCUGGUUGCAUUGAUAUUAAAAAACGCUCAGGAUGCCAUUCACAUUUAGAUGACCCGGAUCGACUUAAAAGCCUGCUCGCCCAAACACUCACUACUGAACAGUAUACGUGUUGGAAAAUAGAUACUAAAUCUUUAGAAACCUUCUCAUCAGAUCCCAUUGUCAUUGGGUUUACUGAUAGAUUCCUCAGUGUUGAUGCAAGGGAAAAUAAACUUACAAAAGUGGAAUUGGAACGAUACCAACAAUUGAUAGUGAUCUUCUAUAAUUCAGUCAUAAAAGACAAAAUGCACGGUUUACCGAUUUAUUUAUCAAUUGUUAAUACUAUGCAAGCAAUUAAAUCAAAUUCAAAAACCUAUGAUGUUUGGCAACUUAAGCUAAUUGAAAUCUAUACAAGAAUGCAAACGGAAAAUAUUCUAAUUUCAAAGGAAAUUGUUAAUUCUGUUUUGGAAAAUUUAAAGUCAUACAUUGAAAGCUGUCAAGUCUCAUGCAGAAAUCAUUUAAAGAAGUUUAUUACUUCGCAUUGCUUUGAUAGCUUAUGUGAACUAAGUUCAACUGAAAUAUCAAAAGUUCUAGCUGUGGUUGUCUUUUAUGGUAUACUUCCUAAUGUUCUGAGCUUGGUUGAUUUGACUGGAAAAGUGAAUUACAUGCGUUUGUUAUAUGAAUUAAACAAAAUCAACAUGGAGACAAGUACAAUUAAUUGCAUUAUCAAAGUAUUGGAUAUUUCUUAAAUUAUUUGUUAAAAAAUUAUAUUUAGCUUUUUAAGUUUCGCAAAAAAGAUUAUUAAUGAUUGUAUUUGAAUAAAUACUGAA